CUCCCCACCCAACACACUUCAACCGCCAUUUAUGACGCAGACACUUCUUCCACCAACCGGCGUUUGUUUAUCAUCAUGCAUGAUAUUCGAUGAAGUAACUUCUUUAUCGCCGCUCAUCAUCACCGUUCCCCACCUUCCCUACAACAUUGCCGUCAGGUCUGACCUAGGUUUUCCCAACACGUCCCGAUCUGCCAAUCACUCGUCGCCUUGCCAGUCACGUGAUUAAGCAGUUGGCCGUGCUCGGCAAUCUCCGGCCACGUUCGGAGACUCCCGAGAGCGAGCAGUCAAAAUUUUGUAGACGCAAAGUGUCGAAGAUAACCCGAUACUGGCCAUAAACAUCUUACACAUCUACGAGCAAGGAUUUGCGCUUUGAAGUGGCUUUAUCUUGACCUUAAAAGCAAGCUAGAGUGGAAACUAUUAAUCCCCACACGGAAGGGGAUCCCCCGAAGUUUGCGAUCAGAAAAAUCAAGAUAAAGAUUUUUAAGCGGGGCAAGAGAUAUCCACCCCGAUCUCAUCCAGCCAGCCAUUACAAGUAAACUUGGCAUACUUCUUCUCCGAUUGCACGAAGGAGUGGCUACCGAAAUAAUAAUUUUUUUAAAAAAAGGCGCUGACACCGAGAACGUGUGUCACAUGCAGAAAAUGAUAAUCUGCUUGCAUAUGGCGCAGGCUUGGGUUCUGUGAGAAAUACCUGACAUCUCUGAGUGUUAUGUCAACGCCCGCUCCACACGGCCAUUGCGGCAUGAUUCAUAGUGGGACACAGGAGAAAUAUUGGCCGGCAAGGAUCCGAUGAUUGGUUGUUGGUUUCGAAUUUCACAACACUUCACAACGUUGACCCGUCGCCCUCACCUGCACUUCCGAAAGCACACGACACUCGGGUGUCAUCGUGACGUAGGCAGCGCCGGGUCCCAGUGACAUCAUGUCCGACCACUUGUCAGACAAGAACGACAGGUGGGGCGACAGCUCCUCGGGAGCGUCGUCAGCAAGCCCCGUGCCCACCGACCUGUCCGGGCGACGGGGGGAGCGGGGAGCGGCUUCCCCGGGUGUCAUCGUCAAGAUGGAGAGACGAGAGACACCACCCUCGCACCUGGUAAUGCCGAACUCGAACGGGUAUUCUCCCUGUCUCGGCCUCCCACCAGUCCUUCCGACACAGCGAGAUGUCGGCGGUGCCCCACUCGGUGCAGUCUCAGGUCAUCCAUGGACCUCUGACCAUGACCUCCUCCGUGUCGGCCAGGAGCCUGGUGCAAGGUCUGGCUGCCAACGCCUAUCACCACGAUGACCAUGGAAGCGGAGGAACCCUCGUGAAGGCUGCUUACGCUGGAGCAGGAUCCAUGCGACCUCAGGGGAUGGGAUUUGAGGGGCCGGGGCACCUCCUGCCGACGGAAGACGUGGAGGUGUUUUUCCACCAUCUGGACAAUCGCCCCACAGCGACAACCGUGGCUCUGGCGGGAUUCACCCUGGCCUCAGUGGGUGCCGCUGCCAACAGCAGCUCAGAGUCGGGUACGAGCUUCACCCCGCUAACCAACGCCACCCUGUCGUCUGGCCAGACAGUCUACCACAACGGCGACACCGUGGGGCUGAGUGGGGGCAGCUUGAUCACCCUGCAGCCCCCUACCUACUCCGACAACUCUUCUUACCUCCCCCAAUGCCAUCGCUUCUGGUUCCAAGCUCUACGCCCAACCUGGUGUCCGUGGGAGGAUACGUCAGUUCCGGGUCCGCCGGAAGUCACAUCUCUUCGCAGCAUCUGCAGCAUUCCUCAGCCGAACCUUCAACCUACCAACUGUGGGGACUUCACCCAUCCUCUGACCCCCACUCACACGCGCAGGCGUACACCCCGCUCCCGCCAGCCUCCACCCUCACGUCCAAGCACGGCGGCACCUACCUCACGAUAGGGGAAUCUGGGUUGCCUCCCCUCUCCCAGUCCGACCAGGGAGGGGGAGGGGGUGGAAGAGACGGUCUUUCGCUUUCCCAGAGUCACGGAAGCGAUGGGUACCCGGAGUAUGUGACGAACGAGGGAGGAUCAAAGUGGAGCACCUUCAACCUGACGCCCAUGGGCCACAGGCCCCACGACACGUCGUCGCCAGCUUCAUCCGUCAACAUGAGCAGCGAAAACAACGAGUAUUAUUUUGAGGGUCGGGAGUGCGUCAACUGCGGAGCCAUCUCCACUCCACUAUGGCGGCGGGACGGAACCGGAAACUACCUCUGCAACGCAUGCGCCUGUGCAAGGUCAACAGCGUGGAUCGAUCGAUGAUGAAGGCCACUGGUCAGCCCUCCCCCAGUCUCCACCCUCCCCAUGCCACUUCCCCCGAUCCACCCGUACCUCAGGGAGGGAGGUUAGGAGGCAGCCACCCACCCUUCCACAAACAGCCUCCUCCCUGCCGCCGGGGAUGCAGCAGCCUCUUGCCUCAAGUCGACGGCUGCUAAACACUUUCAAGGACCAAGAUGAUGACUCCAACAAGAAAUUCUUGUCAGACUCCAAGUUCGAGAAGUCAACCAGAAGGAUGGGGUUGUCGUGCGCCAACUGCAGCACCAGCACCACCACCUUGUGGCGACGGAACAGCGAAGGGGAGCCGGUCUGCAACGCCUGCGGCCUGUACUUCAAGCUCCAUCAGGUUGCCCGUCCCUUGUCUAUGAAAAAGGAUGGAAUACAAACCCGCAAGCGGAAGCCCAAAGGUUCCGGCUCUAAAUCCAAGGCAUCCAAGGAGCCCCAACUCCCUAGCUACGAUAGCAGCUCCCUCAUGCAGCACCAGUCGUCUUCACAAAUUCACCAGCAUCAUCAGCAGAGCCAGCAACAUCUUUCACAACAACACCACACGCAGCAGCAGCAGCAGAUGAUGCACGAGAGCCAGAGCACGCUGCCACAUACGCAUCCCAUCAACCCGUCCAACUCGCUUGUUAUGGUAGGACACGGAGCCCGCUUGCCCACCCUGGGCUCGGCCUUGUCUGGAACCAGUUUAUCAAGUUCCAGCUUGACUUCAUCAGGUUUGUCCCUGUCAGGGUUGUCAGGGGGCUCCGCGAUGUCGGGAUCAGGAAUGUCUUCUGACCAUGGCUUAGCGGGACCAGAAACCGGCUCAAGGGGAUCCAGUUUGGGAUCUGGAUCCCGAUCGAGACCAUCACAAGGUCUUCUGGACCUGACUCUUUCCAGAAGUGAAAAUGGCACCUCUUCCAUGACAGUUGGCAGCGAAGAUAUGAAGACGUUGCCCAGCUAUUCCAGUGACUACCACAUCCACAACUCGGCCGUCCUGGCUGCCCUGGCGUCCCCCAUCAACACCACCAGCCAUUCCACCCUGCUGCCCAUCUCCAGCCUCACCUCGCUCGGCCGCCAGGCCAUGGCCGCGGCAGCAGCCAAUCACAUCGCGUCUAACAACGGUCCCAUCAGUAGCCCCAUGGAUCGCGUCAUGUCAUUGGACAGCAUGUUGAUAAAGCAAGCCACGGAGCCACCGUUCUCUCCCUCGCCUCCCAAAGCCAUCCCUGUGGCCUCCGACAUCCACAGCGAAACCGAGGCUGCGGUUCAGUCCCUUAGCAGCGAGGACAUCCUGCAGCUCAAACCUGCAUCCGUGUCGCAGACGUGAUGAAACAGUUCCACUACUUCCUCGAGUGUCACCUUCUUCAUCUACAGACUUGUGACAGGGUGUGAUCGUUUGAGACACGAGUAGUGCAGGGCUCCGAUUGUGGAACACGGAGGUUGUCAGUGAACGAACCUGAACCUGCAUCAAAGACAAAACCGUCGCAAAACCUUUUUUUGCGAAACCCGAUGUCCUGGAUGCAUUUUUGCACAUGAUUGGGUUUCUCGGUCGGUUUGUUGACUUUAAGCACCUACCCGGUCCUUGAACUCAUUGUUUCAAACUAAAGGACAAGCAAUGUCCCAACUACACUCAGUGAGAUGUAGGUAGUCGUAUGUACUAAAUGCUUUGAAAGCACACUUUUCUUUGUUAACAGAUAAAUGAAGGGAUAAAGGAAAUUUCUACCACUAGAUUUUUUUUACACAGGAAAUGGAAUACAUACAUGGCUUGCAAGGGGGAUGAUUUUUCUAGCUUUUUAAUUGUAAAACUGACCGUUGAGAGGUCCUUAACCUCGGUGUCUUGACAUCCGGGGCUGUCGCUACGGACAGGUGAUAAAGUCAAAGCCGAAGUCAGUUUAUGUUUUGUUUGCAGUUGCAAACAGUCACUUAUACCUGAGGUAAGCAAAUAAGAACUGGACACCCCCCCCCCCCUUACUCCAGUUGUGGGCCGUGGAUGAUGGUUGGUUUGCUCGCUUCAUUUGAAUUAAGGAAUAUCUCGGGAAAACUUCCAGGGAACAGCCUGAUACCUCCGGUCCAUGUGAGUGUCCACCUCUACAAUAAAAACAGCAUUAACUUUGAAAUACUUUCCGUAGGCGGGGUCAGUAAGCAGUCAUCUUCAGGACACUUUUCUAAGAUUAAAAAAAAAAUUUCUUGUUGCAUUAUUUUUCUAGCUGUCUUGAUGGACUGGACAUGUUUUAUCAUCCUCCCUUACUUGAUAAUCUUUGUACUGAAGAGGAUGUUUCAUUACGAUAAAUUAAUAGGAAUACGAGAUGCUAUAAAUAGGUUUAUCUUUACAUUAUUUAUGCUCAAUGAUGGAAUGUGUGACCCCUCCCCAUCCCCAACCCAUCGCAACAUUUUAAUGAUUUUAUUUCUUAUUAUACAAAGUGAUUCGACAGCAAUGAAGUGAAACCCUCGUCUCAGUAGCUCCACUGAGGUGCAUGCUACUACUUUCAGUAAAAUCAGUGCAUAAAAAUCGCAUUAUUUCAUUUUCUGCACAUCAUUUGAAUAAUGAGCCCUUAGACCUUUUGACCUUUUAAGGGAAAAGUCUCCUCGGAUUUUAAGGGCAAACUUCAAAGAUAACAGAUGGAUGUCGUUCAUUGUUCACACUGUUUGCUUGUUUCUUUUAUUAUUAUUAUUAUUAUUAUUAUUAUUAUUAUUAUUAUUAUUAUUACUCAUGGACCCUGCUGUAUAUGUGUUUAUAGGGUAACGAACUGAACGGCUUGUGUAUACAGAAAUGAAGCGAGAUGUACCCACAUGAUAUAAUGCCUGCACGUUGUCUCCAGAAAGUAUUUACGAGAGCUGAUGAUAUUGUUCGUUGUUAUGCUUGUGUGCUUGACAUUCACCUGGCUUCCACUUCGCCAGUGUCCCGAGCCAGUCGCGAGCUGCGGAUGAAUACACAGGAAACCAUUUCUUCUUGUCCAAGUGUGUUCAAGGGAGCCAACCUCGUGGAGUGAGGGAGGGAGGGGUGAGGUGCAUGCAAGCCGAGCGUUCACUAUGGAAGAUUCGAACUGCAAAGCCAAGCCUAGAGUUGUGGUGUUUGUUUGUCAACCUACUCGAUGGAUAACAAGUAAACACUCGUGGCAAGCAGACACAAAAAAGGACGAACUGUAAAAGUUUCAGUUGUUCAGAAAAUGCCUCAAAACUAUUGCUCCUCUUCUUUCGUAGCACGCUCGUGUUUUGUUGUUUUUCACAAGCCAUAUCUCGUGUGGAUUCUUUUUUAAAAUUUUGGACAGUAAGCACGAGUUUGUAUGCAGCUUUUUUUUACCGACUGAAAGUGUAAAUACUCUUAAAAAUCAUAUUCGAGAAAGGCAUAAAGGGGAAUAACUCUCCCAUUGAGGCGACGUGUGCUUUCUCAACCUAUUUUAUCAAUGUUUUGAAUUUUUGUUAUAACAACUGAGACAUAAAAGCAAACUGAGAUUUUGAUGUAGAAUUAUUUUUGCUUUGCAGUUAAUUAUGAAGAUAUUAGUUUUUGAAUCGCAACUUAUUAUCGGAUUUUAUAUGAUUAGUCUUUAAUGUGAUCGAAAGUUGUAGAGCAAAAAUCAUAUAUUUUAUCAGUUUUGUUCUUUGAGAAAAAGUGCUUUGGGAAAUGUUGUUUUAUUACUUUCAGCAUCGUGCAUCAGACCAUUGGGAUUCUGUCUAACAGAAAGAAAGUUUUUAUAACUUUGUUUAAAAUGCAAAUGAUUCAAGAUGCGAUUAUACCUUAAUGAUUAGUGCAGACAAGAUGCUCAUUAUGUAUUUCUUUAUGCGGAUGGUUGUGCUGUUUGGUCAUAAGCAUUUUGACAAGCGGUGACGAAGAUGAAUAUGUUAACUUGGUGUUGCACUCCGGAAGCUGCCAAAGGCUUCGCUGUCUUAGAAUAUACAGCUCAAAUAUUUGUGAUUAUUAUUACGCCGUUGCCUCAUAUUAUUUUUAUUUUUUUGUCCGUUUAAUAUAUUUCUCUACCUGAAUUCGAAAUAUUAAAGGUCAGUAAGAGAUAAAACAUCAGCAAUAUACACUAGGCACACCUUCAUCUUUUGUCUAUCACAUCCCUGAUACAAUUCAUCCUCUAAAAACAUGCGAAUUAAGUUUACAUUUGUGAUUGAUGAAACAUUUGGAGAAACUAUCAGAAGGAACAUGAACGGUGUACUCUGGAAUGAAAAAAAAAAGGUGUUACAGGUUUAAAAAUCGGAGUCUGGUGCUGUUGAGAAGAGGAUGGUGUGAAGGAGGGGAUCUCUGAUAGGUGACACCGGUGCUGCGCACGUGCGACACAUGCCUCGCUUGCCAAUCACGACUGGAAUUCAUGUUGACACAGUGAACCACUCUCAAGCCGGUCAAGUUCAGUCCUACGUACCACAGCCUCAGUACCCGCUACCUGCGCUUCGCAAGUGACUGCCGGGUGGGCGUGGGGUGGAUGUGGGGUGGGGCUGUAAGUCUGUGACUGGCUCACAGUGGUAACCGCUGGCCUGGCUUGUAGAGGGAGGACAGCAUCAACAUGGAUUCCAGCUAUGAGCUAUCAGCCUUCUCGACGUCCAGUGAACUUACUGUCUGACAACCUAGUCAGACUACAAUAUCUGCUACGUGUAUAUUAUUGUGCUUUGUGUAAUGCGAGAUCUCCGUGAAAACUAGCGAUUAACAUGUGUAAGAGAUUUGUCACUAACGCCUGUUACAAUACUUCUUCUUCUUAUAUGUGUAUGUGUGUGAGAGUGUUUGUGGGAGAGUGUUUGUGUGUGUGUGAGAGAGAGAAAGAGUGUGUGUGUGUGUGUGUGUGAAAAUCAACAUUUUGCGAUGGAAAAGCAGAGGCAUAACAUGUACCUAUUGCAUUCUGAUCUUAUAUUAGUAUAAGGGCGCAUUAAAUUAACAAGAAAAAGUUUACCGCUUUUUACUAGGUAAGUAUGAGUAAACCAAAACUGAAAAACUGUGUUGCAGCUGUUGACGGUAAUAUAUUUCAAGAUGCAGUGAUUAGGGGAAUUUUUGAUGGAGUGUUGGGGGGGAGAGAGUGGAGGAAAUAAAUGCAAAGUGACAAAGCUAACUUCUUACUUCAGGCUUUACUUCAGAAAUGUCUGACGAUGCGGUUUGGUGUAAUUUAGGGACCAAAUGUCUAAUGAUCCAGUUAAUGAUAAUACCCUUGUACAAAGGCUAUAAAAAAUAGUAUUUUCAUACCUGCCAUUGAAUAGAAGAAACAUGUUUGUGCUCCCAAUCUCUCUCUCUCCCACCCUUAUUUUUUCAUUCUCUCUUUCUCUCUGUGGGUGUGUGUGCAGGGGUGAAGGGGUGUUUAUGUUUGUGAAAGAAUAGGGGAGCAAUAGGUUGUUUUUUUUCGCAAGACCUUUGCAAACGGGAUGGUGUUGGGUUGAAGAAGUCCACUUUAUGAGAUUACUUUCCGACGUGAAAUAGAUUGUUUUGAUGAUAUAUAGGUAAUAUAGUUAAUUCCCCUCAAGCCGAUACAGUUACUAAGUGGAUACCACGUAGCUUAUAGUUAUUUCACUGGUCUUGUUACAUGACAUUAUGUGUUGAUAUCGUCAUUUUACAACUACUUUCCAAGCAACAAUUAUGAUAGUGGAUCUGAAGUAUUUUCUAGACCAGUUAUAGAUACUGCGUUGCUAUUAAUUUCAAAAGAAAAGCUGGAACUGGACAUUGUCUGCUACUCCUCCAUUUUCUUUUUCUUGUGUCAACCUUUAUUACUCCCUGUUCCUACUAGAGAUAGAGGAAAAUAUUAAUCGAUUCCUUUCUUUCAUCCUUUUUCUUUCUUUCUUUCUUAAAGUAGACUGGAAUUAAUGAAAUAUGAAAGUGUCGGUGACUGUGUACAGCAGGCAGAUAGUGGGUGAAUGUUGCAAUGGCUGUUUUCAAUGAAGCCUAAGAAUAUUGGGCAUUUAAAUUUGUAUUUAUUUGUUUUCUACAAGACACUGUAGGUCCUAUGCUGAACUGCAAGCCGUUCACCAUCUCUCUGGCUAUUAUUUACAUCUCCAUUAUCCCCAAACCAUGCUAUUGUUGUUUACAGAGAGGGAGUCAGGGUUGGACACAAUACACUUCAUUGGUUGUGCGUUUUAAAAUAAUACAAAUACAAUACAUUUGUUAAAAGUGAAGAAAAAAUGAGUUCAUUACAUCUUUUUUAUGUCUUUCUGUAUGCAACACAGGUUUCCACGGUUUCUAGAAUUAUGACCUGGAUUACUUUUUUCGAGUAUAAAUGAUAUAGAUUUUUUUUUCAAACUUUCUUCGUCAAUACAUAUAUGACUUACUUAUUCCAGCCGUGGCUGACCUCUGUAUAGACUGAUGUUAGAUGGGCUAUGACACAUUUUUUCACUUGUCCUGUUAGCUAUGUCAUGACUGACCAUGCUGUCUUGCCACAAAACAUUCAUAUUUUUCUUUGCAUUUAAACAAAAGUAAAGGGUACAGUAUGCUUCAUCACUACAA